AUGGCCCAAGAGAAGGCCUGCUGUCCUGUCGAAGUUGUGGGCCACGGCGCCGACCCACACGGGAUCUGCCCGUCGACCCUAUUCUACCUAUUUCUGGCCGCCUACCUCAGUCUGUCCGGUGUUGACAUGUCGCAUGUUGGGCCUCUCGCCCGAACACACAUUGGGACUGCGCUGGCAGCCUGGCAACCUGGCACCAGACCCCUCGUUGGCGUUGUCCUUGUCCUGGGGAUCGUCUGGUCUAGUCGUCCCUUGGACCCUGGUGACCGGUCCUGGCCGCCGAGCCACGACGCCAGAAGACACCCUCGGUUCCACGCAGUCUUCCGCGUGAGGGUCUCUGCGGCGCCACGAACGAGUGGUACAGAUGCAGCGGCAAAGCCGGUCCAGGACGCAGGGUCCAACUCAAAGGAAGGGUUGGCGGGGUCGGGUCAGUCGUCCAAGAGAUCUGCUUCCGAGAUCGCGCGAUGCAUUGCUGCCCCAGUAUGGGUCCAUGCAAGCGUCCCCGAGAAGUGGAGUGAUCUGGACGACUCCGGAUUUGGCGCGAGAGAUCAUGCUCGUGACGUUGGAGAGGAGCGCGUCACGCUACGGAAGGCACCACGGACAGACAUCUGA